AUGACCUUCAAAUCGGACAGUAGCUCAGCAACUAUCACAUCAUUUUAUACUUUAAAUGAUAGAACAAAACGUUCAAAAGUGUCGAAGCCAUCUAUCUCACUUGGACUUACGGGUCUAUUCAAAAGUAGGUGGACUGCCUCCAAAUCUAUUGAGGAAAACACACCGUAUCUCUGCUUACGUGAAAAGUUAUCUCAGGUGCUGUUUAAUGGCUUCACUCUGAUGUUGAUAUUUAUGGCAAUAGAUAUCCAUAUUUUCGGAGUGAUGACCAGCAACUACUUGACAGGUAUACUUUCAUAUUCACAACUAGCAGCAAAUGUCAUUCAGUAUUCGUCCGCUGGUAUUCAAAGUUCAGCUCUAUUGGCUGGUAUGUCCCUGCAGUCACUUGAGGCACAGAUGAAUGCUGCUGCCUCCCAGUCUGCGUCCGACUUAAAUUCGACUUUUUCCAAUAUGCUAAUUUCCCUGACCAAUAGUAUUACAGCUACAGCCUACAGUUACAACCAGGUCGCUGAAUCCUCGUCUAAAUCCGCUUUCAUUGGCUCUGCUAAUACCACCACCUCGCUCCACGAUUGGCUAAAUGUGACCCUGGGCAGUGCAAUUAAUUACACUGAGCUGGAGUUAACCAACAUUACGAAUGCACUCUCUCAGCUUGAAAGCUCACUCAAUAAUAACCCUCAACUGUUCUCCCAUGUAGAACUGGGCAGUUUCCAGAAUUUCACUCUCUCCAAAAUUUCGUCCAUUGAGAUGCCUCUCGGUCUUAAUGAAAACCUGUCAAAUCUAGCCUCGAGAUCAGAUUUUGGCUUUAUGGAUAUCGCGUUAAAUACAACUGAAAGACUGAAAAAUAUGUUCUCUAGUUUCCAAGUAUCCGACCCGAUUGAGCUGAUCUCUCAGCUCAACUAUAGUCUCUCUGCGAAUGCAACAGCUGACGUUAUUCCAGUAAUUGAUAUCUCUUCUGAAGAUUCACCACUACGUCUAAUGUCGACUCAAAUUCUCCAGCUGCGCAAGACUUACAUUAUUACGUUUAGCUGUCUCGCGUUGCUGGCCUCUUUCUUAUGCGGUAUCGUCGAGUUAUUUAGUUGGAGGAUACUGCUGCAACAGGCAAGGUUGUUGAACGCUCCAGGGAACUUUCAAGACCCUCUGGAGAAUAUAGACAUUGCUUCUCAUCCAAUUAUUACCUGGAUCGCAUUAAAAAUGAGCAAACGGGUGACUGCUGUAAAAACGAAAGUGCUAAUGAGAUGGGUAGUGUCAUACUCCCUCUCCCCGGUAGCUAUUGGUGCACUUCAAUCAUUCUCGUGUCUGAUGGUAAUGUAUUUCUGCAAGAAGAACAUGAUAAGUGCUCUGUCAGUCCCCUCAUCGACAAUGAGCUGGAACAAUGUUUCAAUUGCGGGAAAUGCUGCAACAAAUUCGGUUGUUAGUUCCAUCAACAACUUUAUAUUUGACUUACAGGGGAGAACAAACAGCAAUCUCAAAUCAGCCUUGAGUAAUGCCUUGAACCAAACACAAUCUGAACUCUCCAGGUUUGACAAGGAAAUGGCAGAUACUCUACGAACAAUUUUCGAGUCCUCAAGUCUGCGUUCCUGUUUUCCUUCCAACUGGUCAAUACAAUCAACCCCGCCGCUCACAGUAACAUUCAGCGAAGUUAUCUUCCCACAAAUUAAUGGAAGCUUUAACCCAUCUUUGACCAGCGAAUUAGACCAGAUGCCAAUUGGUACUCAGGGAAAAAUGCAAGAAUUAGCAAUGUUUUUGAAUGGCUUAGCCGGCAUCUAUCUUAAAUUGUCUUUGACAAGUCUCGGGGUUUGGAUGUUUUUAGUCAUAAUAUCCUUGACCACAUUUUUAUUCAAAAAUCGGUGA